CCGCCGAGGGGCCGGGCCGGCGGCGGGGGAGGACUGCGCGUUAGCCCGCCGCGCUCUGGGCGCCACGACCGAGCGGCCGGACAUCGCGCCCCGCGCGCCCCGCGCCGCAGCAGCCGCCGGCUUUUGUUGUCUCCGCCUCCUCGGCCGCCGCCGCCUCUGGACCUCAAGCCGCGCGCGCCGGGACCUUGGCUCUGCCCUUCGCGGGCGGGGGCUGCGCGGGCCGGCCGGGAUCCGAGAGGCGCGCGCGGGCGGCCAGGGGUGCCGCCGACCCCGCCAUGGAGCUCCCGGCCCGAGGCUGGUGGCUGCUGUGCGCGGCCGCCGCGCUCAUCGCGUGCUCCCGCGGGGACUCUGCCAGCAAAAGCCGGAGCUGCAGCGAAGUCCGCCAGAUCUACGGGGCCAAGGGCUUCAGCCUGAGCGACGUGCCCCAGGCGGAGAUUUCGGGUGAGCACCUGCGGAUCUGCCCCCAAGGGUACACCUGCUGCACCAGUGAGAUGGAGGAGAACCUGGCCAAUCGCAGCCGAGCUGAGCUGGAGACCGCACUCCGCGACAGCAGUCGUGCCCUGCAGGCCAUGCUGGCUACUCAGCUGCGUGGCGUGGAUGACCACUUUCAGCGCUUGCUGAACGACUCGGAGCGCGAGCUGCAGGAUGCCUUCCCCGGUGCCUUCGGGGAGCUGUACACUCAGAACGCCCGGGCCUUCCGGGACCUGUACACCGAGCUGCGCCUGUACUACCGCGGUGCCAACCUGCACCUGGAGGAAACCCUGGCUGAGUUCUGGGCCCGGCUGCUGGAGCGCCUCUUCAGACAACUGCAUCCGCAGCUCUUGCUGCCCGACGACUACCUGGACUGCCUGGGCAAGCAGGCCGAGGCGCUGCGGCCCUUUGGGGACAGCCCACGUGAGCUGCGCCUGCGGGCUACCCGCGCCUUUGUGGCUGCUCGCUCCUUCGUACAAGGCCUGGGCGUGGCCAGCGAUGUGGUACGGAAAGUGGCCCAGGUGCCCCUGGGUCCAGAGUGCUCACGGGCUGUCAUGAAGCUGGUCUACUGUGCUCACUGCCUGGGGGUCCCCGGAGCCCGGCCUUGCCCCGACUAUUGCCAAAACGUGCUGAAGGGCUGCCUUGCCAACCAGGCCGACCUGGAUGCCGAGUGGAGGAACCUUCUGGAUUCCAUGGUGCUCAUCACCGACAAGUUCUGGGGCCCAUCGGGUGCAGAGAGUGUCAUCGGCAGCGUGCACAUGUGGCUUGCAGAGGCCAUCAACGCCCUCCUGGACAACAAAGACACGCUCACAGCCAAGGUCAUCCAGGGCUGUGGGAACCCCAAGGUCAAUCCCCAGGGCACUGGGUCUGAGGAGAAGCGGCGCCGGGGCAAGCUGGCCCUGCAGGAGAAGCCACCCACAGGCACACUGGAGAAGCUGGUCUCUGAGGCCAAGGCACAGCUCCGUGACGUCCAGGACUUCUGGAUCAGCCUCCCAGGGACACUGUGCAGUGAGGGGAUGGCCAUGAGCUCUGCCAGUGAUGACCGCUGCUGGAAUGGGAUGGCCAAGGGCCGGUACCUACCUGAGGUGAUGGGUGAUGGCCUGGCCAACCAGAUCAACAACCCCGAGGUGGAGGUGGACAUCACCAAGCCUGACAUGACCAUCCGGCAGCAGAUUAUGCAGCUGAAGAUCAUGACCAACCGGCUGCGUGGUGCCUAUGGUGGCAGCGAUGUGGACUUCCAGGACGCCAGUGACGAUGGCAGUGGCUCAGGCAGUGGUGAUGGCUGUCCAGAUGACAUCUGCGGCCGGAGGGUCAGCAAGAAGAGCUCCAGCUCUCGGACACCCCUGACCCACGCCCUCCCUGGCCUGUCAGAGCAGGAGGGACAGAAGACCUCAGCUGCCUGCUGCUCCCAGCCCCGCGCCUUCCUUCUGCUCUUCCUCCUUACCCUGGUCCUCACAGUGGCCAGGCCCCGGUGGCGGUAACUGCCCCACGGCCCCAAGGACUAAGGCCAAGGACUGACUUUGCCAACACAAGAAACAGGCGAUAUUUAAUUC